AUGAAUCUUAUCGUGAAGCUUCGGAGAAGUUUUCGAACAUUGAUUGUUCUCUUAGCUACCUUUUGCUUGGUGAGCAUUGUAAUUUCUGCCUAUUUCCUCUACUCUGGCUAUAAACAGGAAAUGACACUUAUUGAAACAACUGCAGAAGCAGAAUGUGCUGACAUCAAAAUCCUACCAUAUCGGUCACUGGAGCUAAAAACAGUUAAACCUAUUGAUACAUCCAAAACUGAUCCUACUGUCCUCCUAUUUGUGGAGAGCCAAUACUCUCAACUUGGCCAAGAUAUCAUAGCUAUCCUGGAGUCUAGCAGAUUUCAGUACCAAAUGGUCAUUGCCCCCGGCAAGGGGGAUAUACCUCCUCUUACAGAUAAUGGCAAAGGGAAAUAUAUUUUAGUUAUUUAUGAAAAUAUUCUGAAGUAUGUCAGCAUGGACUCAUGGAAUCGAGAGCUUUUAGAAAAAUACUGUGUGGAAUACAGUGUUAGUAUAAUUGGUUUUCAUAAAGCCAAUGAGAACAGCUUACCAAGUACACAAUUAAAAGGCUUUCCAUUAAACCUUUUCAAUAAUCUAGCUCUAAAGGACUGUUUUGUCAACCCUCAGUCUCCUUUGCUGCAUAUUACCAAAGCCCCCAAGGUUGAGAAAGGUCCUCUUCCUGGGGAAGACUGGACCAUUUUCCAAUAUAAUCAUUCAACCUACCAGCCUGUGCUUUUAACUGAAUCACAGACCGAAAAAUCCCUUUCAUCCUCAUCUAGCAAAUCACUCUAUGCGACAGUGAUUCAAGAUCUGGGACUUCAUGAUGGAAUUCAGCGAGUUCUUUUUGGCAACAACUUAAACUUUUGGCUACACAAGCUCAUCUUCAUAGAUGCCAUCUCCUUCUUGUCAGGGAAGAGGCUGACACUGUCCUUGGACAGAUAUAUUCUUGUGGACAUUGAUGAUAUCUUUGUUGGGAAAGAGGGAACAAGGAUGAAUGUCAAAGAUGUAAAGGCAUUACUAGAGACUCAAAAUUUACUGCGCACUCAGGUUGCAAAUUUUACCUUCAACCUUGGAUUUUCAGGGAAGUUUUACCACACAGGGACUGAAGAGGAAGAUGAAGGAGAUGACCUUCUGCUUAGGUCGGUAGAUGAGUUCUGGUGGUUUCCUCAUAUGUGGAGCCAUAUGCAGCCUCAUCUCUUCCACAAUGAGUCAUCCUUAGUUGAACAGAUGAUUCUCAACAAGGAAUUUGCACUGGAACAUGGAAUACCUAUCAACAUGGGCUAUGCAGUGGCACCACAUCACUCAGGGGUCUACCCAGUUCAUAUUCAGUUGUACGAAGCUUGGAAGAAGGUCUGGGGUAUUCAGGUCACCAGCACUGAAGAAUAUCCACAUUUGAAACCUGCACGUUACCGAAAGGGCUUCAUUCACAAUAACAUCAUGGUCCUCCCUCGACAGACCUGCGGGUUAUUCACCCACACUAUUUUCUACAAAGAAUAUCCGGGAGGACCCCAAGAAUUGGAUAAAAGUAUCAGAGGAGGUGAACUUUUCCUUACAAUCCUUCUAAACCCAAUCAGCAUUUUCAUGACCCAUUUGUCGAACUAUGGGAAUGACCGCCUAGGGUUAUAUACCUUUGUGAACUUGGCCAACUUCGUGCAGAGCUGGACCCACCUGAAAUUGCAAACUCUGCCUCCAGUACAACUAGCACACAAGUACUUUGAGCUCUUCCCUGAACAAAAAGACCCUCUUUGGCAGAAUCCAUGUGAUGAUAAACGGCACAAAGAUAUUUGGUCCAGAGAGAAAACUUGUGACCACUUGCCAAAAUUCCUGGUCAUCGGGCCGCAAAAAACAGGAACUACUGCACUUUAUUUAUUUCUUCUUAUGCACCCUUCCAUUAUCAGCAAUCUUCCCAGCCCCAAAACAUUUGAAGAAGUUCAAUUCUUUAAUGGCAACAACUACCACAAGGGAAUUGAUUGGUAUAUGGACUUUUUUCCUACUCCACCCAACAUUACAAGUGACUUUCUCUUUGAAAAGAGUGCUAAUUACUUCCAUUCAGAAGAAGCUCCCAAGCGAGCUGCAUCUCUGGUCCCCAAAGCCAAGAUCAUCACCAUCCUCAUCGACCCCUCAGACAGGGCAUACUCUUGGUACCAGCACCAACGAUCACAUGAAGAUCCAGCUGCUCUGAGGUUUAAUUUCUACGAAGUUAUUACAACUGGACAUUGGGCCCCAUCUAACCUAAAAGCUUUGCAAAGGAGAUGCCUAGUACCCGGAUGGUAUGCAGUCCACAUAGAGAGAUGGCUAACUUACUUUGCUACUUCUCAGUUGCUAAUUAUUGAUGGACAGCAGCUGAGAUCUGACCCAGCUACUGUGAUGGAUGAAGUCCAGAAGUUUCUGGGAGUUACACCUCAUUAUAAUUAUUCUGAAGCACUAACGUUUGAUCCCCAAAAGGGCUUUUGGUGUCAACUACUGGAAGGAGGAAAGACCAAAUGUCUUGGAAAGAGCAAAGGACGAAAAUAUCCACCCAUGGAUCCAGAGUCUAGAACUUUCCUCUCUAAUUACUACCGAGAUCAUAACGUGGAACUUUCCAAACUGCUACAUAGACUGGGGCAGCCUCUCCCAUCUUGGCUGAGACAGGAGCUGCAGAAAGUGAGAUAG